UUCUCAUGCUGGUCCAUUAUAUAAGCCCUCCUAUGGACAGAGGAAGAUGAGGAUUAGACCAUGGCAGAAAGUCUAGUGAGCAUCCUACUCCCGAAGCUCACGAGCUUCAUCGAAAAUGAGGUCCAAUACCGGGAAGAAGUGAUCUCCGUGAGGGCAGAAUUGGAACGCAUCCGGGCCUUCCUAAGGGUCGCGGAUUCCCUGGAAGAGACUAACGAGGAGGUCAAAGUAUGGGUUAAGCAGAUCCGAGACAUUGCCUAUGACACCGAGGACGCUCUGGACGAGUUGAGGCUCCUCCUGGGGCACGACCAUGGAGCCGGCCCCAGCGGCAUCUCGGGCUUGCUCCAGAGGAUGUCCUGCUGUGUCCUCAACUUCAAAGCCCGCUACAGGAUCGCUAAUGAGCUACAGCGGGUCCACACACGGCUCAAGUCUGUGUGUGAGGGCCACCGAAGGCUGAGGAACAAGGUCAGUCAGGCCGAGCAGCGUGGGCCACCAGGUGCAGAUGGGGACAGUAAUUGGCAGGAUCACCGGGGAAAUGCGCUUCUCGUAGAUGAGGCUGAUCUGGUGGGCAUCGAGGAACCCAAGAAGCAAUUCAUGGAGUGGCUCAUGGAGGGAGACUCCGACCGGAAGGUUUUCUCGGUUGUGGGCAUGGGAGGACUUGGAAAGACCACUUUGAUCAAGCAGGUCUUUGAGGACCCGACUGUGAAGAAACACUUUGCAGUCUCUGUCUGGAUCACCCUCUCGCGAUCCUCAGACAUUGAGGUCCUCCUAAAGGAGCUACUGCGGCAGCUCACUAGGGUGAUUCGGAAGCCAGUUCCCCCUGGGGCCGACACAAUGAAUGGCCACUGGCUCAAGAUCUUCAUCAAGGACUUGCUCCAGAGGCGGCGGUACCUGAUUGUUCUUGAUGAUGCUUGGCAUACGAGUGAAUGGGACGCAAUCAAGCAUGCGCUUCCAAACAACAGCUAUGGGAGCCGGAUCGUGAUCACGACUCGAAAAUCUGAACUGGCAUCCACAGCCUGCACAGAGUUCGUUGGGAAAGUCCACAACAUGGAGCCAUUAACCCCAGACCAGUCCUGGAACCUCUUCUGCAGGAAGACCUUCCCUGGGAACAACUCAUGCCCUUCCCACCUCGAGGAGAUUUGCAAGUAUAUCCUGAGGAAGUGUGAUGGGCUUCCCCUCGCAAUUGUGGCCAUUAGUGGGGUCCUUGCGUCAAAGGAUAAGCGGCGGAUUGACGAGUGGGAUCUAGUCCGUCGAAGCUUAAGGGCGGAGAUAGAUGGGAACAAUCGACUCCAAAAUCUGAGGAAGGUGCUUUCCCUUAGUUUCAACGACUUGCCCUAUUACCUUAAGUCGUGUUUCUUGCACCUGAGUGUCUUUCCUGAAGGCCACCUGAUUGACCGGAAAAGGCUGAUCCGAUUAUGGAUAGCAGAGGGGUUUGUUGAGAGGAAAGAAGGGAAGACGCUCGAGGAAAUUGCUGAAGAAUACUUCGGCAAACUCUUGAGCAGAAGCCUACUACAAGUGGCCGAAACUACGAGCGAUGGGAGGGUUAAGAUCUGCAGGGUCCAUGAUAUCUUGAGAGAAAUCAUCACCUCAAAAUCGAGAGACCACGGCUUCGCCAAUAUCACAAAGGACCAAGGGGACGUUUGGCCUGACAAAGUCCGCCGCCUCUCAAUACAAAACACCCUCCAAACGGUCCAAUCAAACAGGUCCCUCUCUCAACUUCGAUCUCUGUACGUGUUUGGAGCAGAAAAGUCAUUCAUAUGCACCAUUUUAGGAAGCACGACUAAACUGCUCAGUGUCCUGGAUUUGCAAGCGGCACCUAUAAUGAGGUUCCCGACUCAAGUUGUGGAUUCAUAUUAUCUUAAGUACCUCAGCCUCAGGCACACUGAGGUGAAAAUGCUACCCAAAUCGAUAGGGAAGCUCCAGAACCUGGAGACCUUGGAUUUGAAGCACACCAAUAUAACAGAAUUGCCGGUCGAGAUUCUGAAGCUUCAGAAACUCAGACAUCUCCUUGUUUACCGGUACGAAAACAUAUCAUACCUCCACUUUAAGUAUGGCUUCAAGGCUCUAAUGGAGAUUGGAGCUUUGCAGUCCUUGCAGAAGCUCUGUUACUUAGAGGUGGACGAUGAGAGGAACGAUGUCAUAAUGAAAGAGGUCGGGAAGUUAACCCAAUUGAGUAGACUUGGAAUCCUGAAACUGAGAAAGGAAGACGGGAGAGAUUUAUGUUGGGCGAUAGCAAAGUUAACUAAUCUCCAAGCUUUAUCAGUUGCUGCAGUUGAGGAUGAUGAGACCAUUGAUCUUCAGCACCUCAUUUCGCCACCUCAGUUCCUCCAAAGGAUCUACUUGAGGGGAAGGUUAGAGGCUUUGCCUCACUGGAUCUGCUCCCUCCACAGCCUCAUGAAAUUACAUCUGCGAUGGAGCCGACUCAAGGAGGACCCACUCGUCUCCCUCCAGAGCCUCCCCAAUCUUGUACACCUCGAGCUGCUGCAGGUAUACAACGGAAAGACCCUUUACUUCAAGGCCAAAGGCUUCAAGAAGCUUCGGAUCCUCGGCCUCGAUGACUUCGAGGAGUUGAGAUGUGUAGAGGUCGAAGAAGGUGCCAUGCCCUGCCUUGAGAAGCUGAUCAUACAGAGGUGCAAGCUGCUCGAGAAGAUCCCCUCAGGGAUUGAGUACCUGAUGAACCUUAAAGUGUUGGAGUUUUUCGAUAUGCCUGAUGAGCUGGUGAAGGUCAUGAGAGACAAGCACAACAAGGACUACAAGAAGGUCGCUCACAUUCCCCAAGUCUUUUACGGGUACUGGAGAGAUGGAGGUUGGGACGUUCAAUCGGUGGAGAGAUGUGCCAAGGGAGAUUGCUCUCCGAGGGCAGGGACAAGCAUGAGGAGCAAUGACCUUCCCCCCUGCUGGAAGUAGCAUCAACUUCCUCAGAUCCUGGAUGUACAUACUAUGUCAUAACGUAUAUACGUGCCUAAGAGUAAAGGCUUAAGUAGAGCUAGGAAUAUAUUGAGGAUCCGUUAAGUCGGAAUGUAGAUAAUACCAGUUAAGUAAACAUCCCUGGGAAAUAACAAUAUGCAGCUGGGAUAUUAUAGGGCCCCUUCCAUGUGCCAAGUUGUUGCCUUCGUAGUAGUUCCAUUUUAGAGGAACACAGUACCCUUAGGGAAAGCUAAAUUCAGCUGAAAGCUUCAUUCUUAGACCAAAA